AUGGAAACGUCAGUAAAGGUGAAAGAUGUUAUUGUACUUGGCGGGACGCAUGGCGACGAAAUGUCAGGAGUUUGCUUGGUAAGAAAAUGGUUGAAUGGUUCGCCGUUAACCGCGAAGACUUGCGAAGUAAUUCCGUAUCUUUCUAAUGUGGAAGCAAUUAAGUUAUGUAGACGAUACAAAGACUGCGACUUGAAUCGCCAGUUUACUGAAGAGAAUUUAAAAUCAGUGCUGGCAGAUACGGAAUUGUCGUAUGAGGUGAAACGGGCGAGAGAAAUGAACGAAAAGUUUGCAGAAAUGAAUGGUUCAACAUUCAUUCUAGAUUUACAUAAUACAACUUCAAAUUCUCAAGUGUGUUUAAUUGUUGAAGAAUUAGACGGCUUUUCGUUGCACAUGUGCAGAUAUAUCCAGCAAGCUUUCCCGAAAGGGGUUUGUAGGAUUUGGAUUCUCGGCGGCAGCGUCGAAUAUGGCGAUACACGCUGCAUGGUUAAGCGCGGCAUUGCUAUUGAAGUUGGGCCACAACCACAAGCGGUAGUGCGUGCCGAUAUCAUGGACUUACAAGAAAAGGCAGUAAAUCUGUCGCUUGAGUUCAUAGAUAAGUACAACCAAGGUGUAUGCUUUGACUCUUGCCAAAUAGAGGGCUACAAGACAUUCAUAAAGAUCGAUUUUCCCAGAAACUCGCAAGGUGAUAUUGCUGGCAUGAUACAUCAAAAUCUUCAAGACCAGGAUUGGAAACCGCUAACAAGGUCGUCCACUGUGUUCCGCAGAUUUAAUGGCGAUGACGUCACUCUGGGUGACGUUAUUGAUGACGUAGGAGUUGAAGAAUCUGUAUACCCGAUGUUUGUGAACGAAGCUGCCUAUUAUGAGAAAGGGAUUGCUUUUCAUUUAACCAACAAAGUGCAUAUGUCAUUGCCUGCACUGAAACUUGAAUAA